AUGAAAAGUUUACUAUUUUUCGUCGGCUUUGUAGCAUUCGUUUCAGCCCAAGAAUUCGACUGUCCAGAAAAGAGCGGCUUCUAUGCAGACCCUUACCAAUGUGACCUCUACUACAAAUGCACCAAAGGUGUGUCAGAGACCAGACUAUGUCCCGACGGUCUCGUGUUUUCCGAUGAGAACUCCAACAAAGAGCUGUGUGACAUCCCGUCCAAUGUAGACUGUGGUGACAGGAAAGAACUGCAGGAACCUAAACCAUCAAAGGGUUGCCCAAGAAUGAACGGUUACUUCAAACACCCAGACCCCCAGGCGUGUGAUAAAUUCUACUACUGUUCCGAUGGUAUCCCCAACGAGCAUCCCUGCCCCCCUGGCCUUAUCUUCGACGAAGAGUCCUCCAACUGUGACUGGAAAGAAUCUGUCAACAGACAGUGUGAACAUCUAACUAAGGAUGUGCUCGAUGAUGGUUUCUCCUGCCCCGAUGGUGAGGUGACCGGACCCAACGGCCGCGCGCUCCCGCACCCCACCUUCCCUCAUCCCGAAGACUGCCAGAAGUUCUAUAUCUGCCGCAACGGCGUCCAACCACAGAAGGGAUCCUGCCCACUUGGCAAGGUUUACAACGAAGACACCUUUAUGUGUGACGAGCCCUCUAAAGUGCCUGGAUGUGAAAACUUCUAUGAAGGCGAGACGUUUGAGAAGAGCAAGGUACCGAAGAAGGCGUAA